AUGACUUAACUAACUUAAAUUAUGCUCACACUGCUUAACCUUAAUUAGUCUUUAAAGUUUAUUGUGUGAUUUCAAAAUAGUAUCUCGAGGUGUUCAAACGGUUUCAAGAAAUGAUAUGAUAGGUAUUAAUUUACCAGUGUUCCAAAACAAAAGAAACUGUAACACCAUUACUUCUCCAGGAAGAAAUGCUCCACUGCGUCGCAGUGGGUAUGAGGUGCUGGAGGCUCCUUCUGUCCAGAUUAUUGACUGCGGAAAAGAAGAGAGGAACUUAAAAUGUACAGGCUAUCGAAAAUGUUGGCUCUCAACGUUGGCUCUACAUACUGUUGCUGUGAUAUUUUUUGGAAUCCCAUACUUGUUUCUGAGGUGGUAUCCACGAUGCUAUGCUUUUUUGGGACUUCGACGCUGCUCUCUGGAUUUGGCAGAUACUGUACUUAUACAGGUCCCGUGGGGUACAGACACGAUACACAAAGUCUACGUGACUGCAGGUAGUGAAGUGCAUGGGGCUGGAUGCACUAUGCGGUUUUUCGUACACCAACUCCGCAAGUUCAUUUGGACCCCAGAACUUCGAGAGUUCAGACUGUUACAAGGGCUAGCAAACGACAAAAAUACCCUUCAAACUUUGCUUGACAACCACACAGAUGGCCUUUCUCCUCAGCAACAAAAACAAACGCUCGCAGUUUACGGAAGAAACCAAAUUAAUGUUGAAGUUAAAUCAUACUGGCGUUUAUUAAUUGAUGAAAUACUAAAUCCUUUUUAUGUUUUUGAAAUUGCCAGUAUAAUCUUCUGGUGCUAUGACACUUAUAUUUUCUACUCCGUUUUCAUUAUUAUAAUUUCUGCUUAUUCGAUUAUAGACACCCUCAUUCAAACUCGUAAGAUAAGUCUGAUGACCAUUAAACUUGUGGAAGAGAGCAACUCCAACAAAGUAACAGUGAGCCUUGAUGACGGAGAGACUGUAGAAAUUGAAUCAGAAGACUUAGUUCCUGGAGAUACAAUAGUCAUCCCCCCUCACGGAUGUCUAAUGACUUGCGAUGCCCUUUUGCUAAGCGGAAACUGCAUAGUUAAUGAAAGCGUUCUUACAGGAGAGAGUGUUCCGGUGAUGAAGAGCCCUCCAGCUUAUGUGGACGAGGUGUAUGAUCCCCACGCUGCUCAUAGCCGUCACACCCUGUACAGAGGCACACGUAUAGUGCAGUCUCGCUUCUACGAAAACAAUAAGGUACUCGCUUUAGUAGUUAGAACUGGCGCCGAUACUGCCAAUGGACAGCUAGUUCGAUCCAUUUUGUAUCCUAAGAACUACGGGUUUCAUCUCUACACAGAUAGUAUGAAGUUCCUAUUUCUGAUGUUUUUCAUUGCCCUCAUUGGCACUGGUUUGAGCAUCUAUCUUUACAUACUACAUGGGGCAGCAAUUGAAGACAUGAUUCUGCGAAGCUUGGACAUAAUCACCAUUGUAGUCCCGCCAGCCUUACCAGCAGCCAUAACAAUAGGCAAUAACUAUUCGCUAAAAAGGCUCAAGAAACAAAAUAUCUUUAGUACCUCAGUCUCUCUAAUAAGUGUAUGGGGAAAAGUGAAGCUCAUAUGCUUUGACAAAACAGGAACCCUUACAGAAGAAGGGUUGGACGUACUUGGAGUUGUACCUUGUGGUAAGACAAAUCUAGAUGGAGACACUUUAGUGACAGAUCUCUCUACACUAGAUUCCAAGUCACCCCUCACUCAAACCAUGGCUUGCUGUCAUACACUCACCUACAUUGACAAGAAGCUCUCAGGGGACCCUCUGGAUCUCAGCAUGUUCAGCGCUUUGCAAUGGGAAUUGGAGGAGCCUGGAGAAGAUACAACCAAAUAUGACUUGCUGAUUCCAGCAGUGGUGAAGCCAAAAAGAUCAUCAGCAGCCAACUCUAUUGUGAUACUCGAUGAAAUGCUUGACAACCUUGACGAGGGGGAAACUAUUUUUGAGAUGCCUUAUGAAAUAGGUGUAGUGAAGCAGUUUCCAUUCAACACCACCUCCAUGACGAUGACUGUCAUUGCCAGAGUCCUCGGCUCCAAUCACAUGACCGUGUUCACUAAGGGUGCUCCCGAGAGUAUAGUCAACAUCUGUCUUCCCAGUUCAGUACCUGAUAACAUUGAGACUGUCUUGUGUGAGUACACUGCUCGUGGUUACCGUGUGAUAGCCCUAGCGUACAACAAGCUGCCUCGCAAAUUUACCUGGCUGCAAGCUCAACGAUCCCAACGACAUGAGGUGGAAAAAGAUCUCACAUUUCUUGGAUUACUUUUGAUGCAGAAUACUUUAAAGCCCAAGUCCAGGCAGGUUAUCAGUGAACUGCAGAAAGCAAGGAUCAAGUGUGUAAUGGUCACAGGAGACAAUCUACUGACAGCUGUUAGUGUGAGUAGAGAGUGUGGAAUGUUACCAAGGGAUUGUCCUCUCUCAUUGGUCACUGUUGACCUGAAAAAUGACCCUGAAAAUCCUGUCAUCCGACUGAAAUCACUUUCCAUAUUGACUUCGCCAGACUUCGUAGAUAUACUGUCCAUGGGCCCAUCUUCAGGGUAUCUUGCCAUAGAUGGCACUAACUGGUCUUUACUAAGGACCCAUUUCCCCUCCAUGGUGGGGGUGAUUGCCACCAAAUGUAUUGUGUUUGCUCGAAUGUCUCCCAACCACAAAACUCAACUUGUCGAAGUCCUUCAGUCGAUGGAUUACAUUGUUGCCAUGGUUGGAGAUGGGGCAAAUGAUUGUGGUGCUCUGAAGGCAGCGCACGUGAGUGUGUCUCUAUCUCAAGCAGAAGCCUCUAUAGCCGCUCCCUUUACUUCACGUCGACAAGACGUAACUUGUGUUCUAGACCUCAUGAAAGAGGGAAGAUGUGCCUUAGUCACCAGUUUUGGCCUUUUCAAGUACAUGGCUACUUACAGCUUGAUCCAGUUUAUGUCUGUGCUCAUUCUGUAUAACAGUGCUGUUGAGCUCAGCAACAUAGAGUUCCUUUAUGUUGACUUGGUGAUCACCACGAGUUUGGCGUUCAUGAUGGGACAAGCGGGGCCUGCGAAGUUCCUGGUGCCUCAUCGCCCCGUCAUGAGUCUUGUGGCCCCCGCCAAUGUCAUUCCUCUUCUGCUACACAUCACGAACUUGUGUCUCAUCCAGAUCCUGUCUUUGUACAUUCUGCAGGCUCAGCCGUGGUAUGUUCCUGUCAAUCCUGAAGUGGAAAACGGAGGUGCUGUAGAAUCAUGGGAAAACACCGUGGUCUAUACAAUCAGCUGUUUUCAAUUCUUCAUCCAAGCUUGUGUUUUCUCAAAGGGCAAACCUCAUCGGCAGCCAUUCCACACUAACUGGGUGUUUGGGGGCUUCGUGUUAGUUCUGACAGGGUUCACAACUCUACUGUUGAUCUAUCCACCCUCCAUCUUAGCAGAGCUUUUUGAACUGAAACCUUGGACUCCAAACGAGGCUUGGUUUCGGGUUUCUCUCAUGGCCUUGCCCCUUGUCAAUACAAUAAUUGCAGUUCUCAUAGAGAAUGGAGUGGGAGAAUCUAGAUUGUUGAAGAUAAUCAUACAUAAAAUAAACAAAAAGAAGCAGCCGAAAAACAAGUACAAACAAGUUGAGAAAGAGGGAAUCUUUGGGUACCCUUAUAUAUCUAGUGAGAUGGCUUGAAUCACAUCUGGCCUCACCCAUAUAGUCAUUACAUCAUCAAAGGCUGUGUUAUUGUAUUUCUAUUUAGUUUAGGUUAACUUUUCCAGUUAUAAAUAUUGAGAUUUGUAAUAAUGUUUUUCCAUUAUUUAACUAUCAAUGUUCCUCUAUGUAGCUUUUAAAAAAGUUAUAUUUUAAACUUGUUGUUUAACUGUCCGAUGAUAUUAAAUUAAUAAGUACUUAGAAGCAAUGAUCCUUUAUAAAAGUGUGAUGAAGAAUAUCACUGAUUCUGACUGUGUCUGAUCACUGAUAUAUGUGUUAAUAAUAAAUGUCAGCCAAUAUUAGAUCGAUUACAUGAUUCAAAAUCAUUUUAAUUAUAAUAUUUAUAUUAAAUUAUUGAACAAUUAAUUAUUAUUUUAAUAUUUUUAAGAUUUGUAUAAACUUAUGUAUAGUUAUGAAUUGAUUAGCGUAUAAAUUAAGCUUUUAGCAGUUAUUUAUGUUUAUUUAAUUAACCCGUACUUAAAAUAUAAUACUGCGGGUACAAUGUUAUUAUUUGCAAGUUUAAAUCUUUUUAUAUGUAAUGUAUUUUUGAAAAUCACCAAGUGGAGUCUCAGAAUCAAAUCUUAAGUUAGGCCUUACAGUCACAUUUAAUGGCCUCCAUUAUGAAGUUAUAAAUAUUUCCCAAACAUAAUUGUGUUUAGGUAAAUGUUCUUGUUAAUGACAUAAUUAGUUAUACCAGCUAGUCUUAGCCAUUAUAAAGCUUCACAAAGGCAUCAUAGUUGUUAUCACAAUGUAAAAUAUAUUCAUAAAUAGUGUAAAGUGUACUUAAACAUACUAUAAUGUUGUCAUAACUAACAUUUAGUUUUGUACAUUUGUAUUUUUUACACACGUGUGUGCUUUGGUAUAUAACAGCAAAGUUUGAAUAAAAUAUGGUUCUUCUUGUUACUGAAUCUUUGGUUAUUAAGAUAUCAUUUACUCUACAUUUUACUAAAAUGUUUGAUUUAGGGGUUAUUUCAUGAAAAUGUGUAUAGUAAUAUAUUUGUCUGACUUAAUUUGUGUUUUAUCAAAAUAAAAAUAAUGACACCUUUUUUGCUAUGAUUGAAUAAAAAUACCAAGUGGCUGUGCUUAAACAUGAAUAAAGCACCAAGCCAAGUCCAUUCCUAUAUUAUGUAAAAAAAAAUGUUACUUCAUAUAAAAUUAGCAUUGUUUCUGGAUGAAUUGUUUAGGAUUGAAAACAUAUCAUUAUGAUAUCACAAUGUCUUGAGUUAUUUUAAAGUUCAGCUAAAUUAAAAUGUUUGUGUUUUAAUGAUAUCUAUCCAGCCAAUUAUUUUAUAUACUUUUUUCAAUGAAAUGGCGACCAUACAAAGUAGGUAUUUUAAGCCAAGAAUGAAUGGAGAUGAGUGUAGGAUGAGUGGCGCGAUCUUGUAGUCUUGUUAGGGACUAAGGCCGACAUAUUUCUCAGACACAGCUGUUAAUUAAUAGCCCAUACAGCUAAUGGGAACUAAGGGACCUACAGUUUAUAGUGGAAUCCAAACCACAUUUUUGCCUUUGAUGUAUACAAAUUGGUCUAAUUAUCAGGAUAGUACUGCGGAUAGUCGUAGUACUCACCCGUGUGGAUGUUAAUCCACACCAGGGAGUAUCGCAUCCACAGUGCAUGCCUAUAAAUAUCCACAAUUCGUGACCUCCUAGUAGCUGGAUUACAGGACGACGCCACUCGUCCCAGUCAUAUAUUAUAUAUUACUCAAAUAAUGUUGAAUUUAAAAUUGAUAAAGAUUAACGAAGUUUAAUUCCCCUAUGUAUGCAAUUUAGUUAUCACAGUUGUGUUUUAUUUCUAUUAGAGUUGUUCUGAACGUUAAACAUUUUUAAAUAUUUGUGCCGCUAUGUUCACAAUGUAUUCACAUCUUUCCAAUGCUAAUUUUGUAGAGGAUAAGCCUUAAUUCCCCAUAAGUAUGAUUAUUCCACAAGUAAAUAUAACAUUAAUUUAUUUUCCCCAUAACAAUCAAGGUCACGGUUUUAUUGAUUUAAAACUAUGAAUUAUAAGCCUAAAAUAGUUUUGACAAGAUAUUAUGACGGAUACAGGUGUAAGAAACAACCAAAACGACACAAUUUCUGGAAAUAUUUAAGGUUUAUUACUUGUUAUGAACCUUUGUUGAAAUAAUGUCAAUGUUACUGCAACAUAUAAGCAACCAAGCAUAUCAUGCUCAAGAUAUAUUUUCAUAAUACAUAAUAAAAUAAUAAUACAUAAUAAUACAUAGUACAAAUGUAUGAACAUAAUAAAAAAUAACACCUCGUGCCUUUCAUUUAAAUAUAUUUAUUUUUGCUUGGAAAAAGAAAAAAAUACUCAUGAAAUAAAAUAUUUUAAUAGGUGCUCUAAAUUACUUCACAUAACAGUGAAAGAAAAAUUAAAUAUAGGUGUAUAAAACCAUUCUUUUUUGCUACUAUAACUCUUAUGACUUUUUAUAAAAUAUACAAUGCUUAGGAAGUGUUACUGUCCAACUGUUAAAUAGUUCUCUGUACUAAUAAUUGAGUUAAGUGUGUGUUUGUUAUGUAAUUCGUAGGCAAAAGAAAAGUGACCAUAAUUAACUGACAAGCCUCGUACUUUAGUAUACAUAUUACAUAUUCAAUGAAAUAUAGCCUACAUUUUGGGUCCAGUUAGAGAAUUUGAAAGAUUCCUUACUGUUUGAGUUUGUAACAGGGGCGGCUCCAGAGGGCAGGCCAGGUAGGCCUGGGCCUACCCAACAUUUUGUUACGUGUAAAUAAAGGGAAAGCAUUCAAACUAAUUAUUUUGCAUUAUAUUUUUUAAUUCCUUCCUUUUUGCGAGUAAAGCCUUCAAACCUCUCGUCCCCCAAUCAAACUCUUUCUUGAUCUUUGUCAGGCCUACCCAAAAAAAAAUACUCCUGGAACCGCCCCUGGUUUCUAAGAUUGUAAAUUUGUAUCUGUUUCUUAAACGUUAGAAUUAAGUUAAAAACUAUUUUAGCAAUGUUUCUAUACUGAGUUGAAUGCCAGAGUGAGGCAGAACCAGGGGUGAACCAGUCAAGCACACUAAUAGUCUUAUCCCUUGAGUCUAUUGUGCGUUCUUGGAGCUGCUCAGGCAGCCGGUGACCUGGCCAGUGAGUCAUACUUCUAGCUCCACCAUCUCUGAGCAAUAUUUCUUAAUUGAAGAAAAUAUACAAAUCUGAUGGUAUGAAUGGAUGUAUUUUAAUCUACUGAUAAUUUUUAAACAAAAUUUGAAGCAAUUUUUUGUUAUUAUCUAAUAUUGUGCCUUAUUUUAUAAGGUUAUAAAAAUCAUAUGUUCACAUCAAAUUAUAGUAUACAUCUUUUUCCAAUCAUUCAAAAUCUUAUGACUUUACUAACUCUGGAGGAAUUUGA